CGUACAAGGACAUUCAGCUCGGUAUAUUGAAAUGAAUGUAAAGCGUAUGUAUUUAAAACGUGUUUCUGAAUUGGAAAAACAGUUAAAUGAGUUUGUACCUACGCUCCGCAUUUGUUAUGAGUCAGGGUUGUGAAAAACGAUUUGGCUUAACAGUGAAAAACCAUGACAAAGAAGAAAAAGCUGAUAUUGAUACAAAUCACCAAAGCGCCCCGGAAGUUGCGGAAAGAAACAAUUUAUACAAAUCACGUGAAAAGUAAACCUUUAUAAGCGGAAUAACAUAUGUGUAGCCCAAACUUCAGCUCAGGGAUGGCAAAUGAAAUCACUUUAUAUAGUCGAGUAAAUACUAAUGAAGAUACAGACCAAGUGCAUUCGAUAGAAAUUGGGCAGUUUCCAAACAUUGAUGAAUAUUCAAUAAAAUUGUGUGACGCUGACCAGUCUAUUUUUGUGUCGGAAGUAUUAGCCGAAAUAGGGAUUACAGAAGAACUGGUGGAAGCAAGAAGGAACACAUGGUUGGAAAUAGAAAGCAUGAAUACUCUCCACUGGCGCCUUCAAGAUGAAAAUGUUACAUGGUACCAUUUCGGCAGUCAAUCUGAGGGGACGACAACUUUUGGGUUAGAUUCAGAUGUAGACAUCUUGAUUGCUCAGAAUGACAACAGGAUCAUUCUGAACAUUAAUGAAUGGAAGCAAUGCUUCGUCAAUCUUUUGGUUCAUAAACAAGAAGACACUUCUCCAGGAUACUGCAAACUGUUGCCCAUGGACAGUCAAGAACCCAUUUUAAUGGCCAAGGUUGAAGACGAUGAAAUGUACGAACAAGGUGAAGAUGGAAAAGUGUAUCUAAAAUGCGAAUUCCUGCAAGAGCAUGUAUAUGCCAAUUCAGGUGAAGAAAUACAUGGGCCGGCCUGGAGUCGAAUGAGUACUGAAAGAAGCAUUGAUGAGGACUAUGUUGAUGCAUAUUAUUGUUCCCACCUUCCAAAAGAGGCAAUGGAUUGGAUAGACAGAACUAAUGAUAAACCGUGGCCAAAGGAUGAUGUACGGAAACGGGUCAUUGAAAGUGGUUGCUUUAUUGUUGCAGUUGGGCAUAAACAGAGCAAAGAUGUAAGGACUGAGUUCAGGAUGUCUACCACAUUAGGAGAACGGAUUCUGAUGUUUGACAUGAACAUUUCACAAAUACAGUGUUUGGUUCUGAUGAAAAUGCUCAUAAAGACAAUUGUAAACAAACAAUAUACGGACGCUAUAAAGAGUUUCUACUGUAAAACAGCCUUAUUUUUUGUAACAGAGCAAUACGGGAAAGACAUGUUUAGACAAGACAGUAUAUUGGAAUGUACACGCAAAUGUUUAGAAUGGAUCUACCAAUGCCUUAAAAAUGGAAACAAUCCCCAUUAUAUGAUUUACAGUCUUGAUAUGUUUGAAGGUAGAUUAGAUUCAAACCUUAGAGAAAAGGUUGCAGAGUGUCUCAAGGAUAUUAUGGAUAAUCCUAUUUUAGCCGUGCUUAAGAUACACUUUGACGAUUAUGGAAGAAAACUCUACAAUCGGUUAAGAAACUCUGUUAAUGAUAUCUCUGAAACAAAGAAAAGCAUCCGUUCUAAAACUGGGAACUUUCUUUCUAGAGCUUACGUUUUGUGGGGGCUUGUCGAGCCAUCUUUAUACGAAGACCCGUGGACUAUUGAUCGAGGACGUCAAAUAGAGUCAAACAAGGAAAAACUAUCGCGGUGUGAGCUAUUACAUGAACAAGGGGAUUGUUUCAUGCAAAAGGCAACUAGGCGAUAUAUAUUAAUGCUGCAUGCUAAUUUAGGCAUGCUUUUGGCAGCUGAAUCUAUUCAGAAAAAUUGCAAACUGUCUGAGUCUGUGUUUCGAAGCCUUAAAGAAGGUACUAAUGCCGACGCUGUUUCCGGUAGGCUGAAGUACGCAACCAUUUUAAUUCGUCUGGGUGAUAUAACCGGAGCAAGUGUACUUUUGAAAGAAGUAGAAACAGCGUACAACAACCUUGCUUUAGAAUCAGUAUGUACAUGUUCAGGAAUUGUUGAGUACUCUCCAAAAACAGGGCUAAGAGAUCAGACAUUAACAUUAUUACAUACCGGUAAAAUAUAUGGACAUUUCUGCCAUUGCUUAAUUUUUGUCGAAACUCUGAAACCGUGUUUUCCUAACGGGUGGCUUGAUGCUAUAUUCCGACCAAUGGAACUAGAUGGCCAACGGUCAAAUACGGAUGACGUUAUGGAAUAUGUGAGCAUUGAUCCACUGCCAUAUUUCUAUUUCGUUACACUUAUGUUACAAAAGGAAUUAAACAAUCCAUUCAAAGCACUGACAGCAUUUCAGAUGCUCGAAAAAUGUGUUUCAGAGGAACCAUUAUUUCACAAGGAUACGGCUUUGGUCCUUCUCAGCCAUUCUUUAGAAAUGGACGGAAAAGUAGAAAAGGCAAAGAUUAUAUAUGACGAGGCUUGUUGCGUAAGAAAACGCAAUACAGGAUUUAAAAGUUCUCAUGUGAGAUAUAAUAGUAAGCAAGUGUAAAGCAAUAGAACAGCACAAACAAAACAUUUUAGUUAUGAACAUGCAAUAAUUGAAUUAUAUUAUAUCUUUAAAAAUUUAAUACCCUCAGUGCGAAGUAAAAAUGCUACUUUUAUAUAAACUUAGUAAUUUUCUUAUUUAGGAUGGUAAGAAAUAGAUAACUUGACUGUCAAUAGCACGUAUGUUACUCCUUUGGGAAUCUUAGACACAAAUAACGAACGGACCAAAAUUGUGACAGUAACAGGUUCGUUAAUUUCGAUUGGACAAUACAUUGAUGGGGGCUAGUAAGAUGUAAAAUAUACAUUUGUCAGUUUUCUUUUUUUUUAAUUCUAAAUUAACACGAAUCCUAAGGUAACAUUUCUAAUUGAAAUGCUAUAACGUCAAUCAUUUAAGUUAAAAAAAUGCCAAACGAUGCACAUUUAUGUAUAUAUUGAUCACAUGUACUGUAGUGGAAAUGGUGUGUAAUUUAAAUCUCAUUCGUAUAAGAACAUAUAUUGCAGCAUACUGUCUGCCAAAAUACCUUUAAUAAAGUAAGUACAUCUUGUAUCGACAAUUAAUUGAUAUCAACGAGGAAUAUACUUAAAUUCGAUGUGAAA